ACACACACACACACACACUCCUGUGAUCUGUGAUCUCAUCGCACUUAACCGAGUUGACUUCUUGCUCUGAAUGCCGCAGGACAGGAGGACGGAGAGGUGGAGGUGCGAUGGAAGAGUCUUCUUGGUGAUUGUAAACGAACAAUCAUUAGGGCAUAAAUGAGAGUAACCAGCUGAGAAAGUGGCGCUUUUACGCUCCACCUCCUUUAACGGUCAAAAGCAACAUGAAAAAGAGAGAUUUGAAGUGAGACUCACAGCUGACAGAGAUAGACAAGCGACAGGAGGGAGAGAUAUCAGGGCAUGAAUGGAGAAGAGGGGAGGCCGUUUCUGAGAGGACUGUAACUGGGAUGAUGGGGCCCGGCGAGCCGCCGUUUGACUUUCUGUUAGCUGAGGGUGCUUGAUGGCAGUUACACAGGCCGUGCUCCCGCCCUUCAGCUUCUUCUCCAGCCUCGCUCACUCGGGCGACAAUAUGAAAGUGCGGAAGUCUGAGGGUGGCUCUCUCCCUCUGGACUCUCUCAGUGACAAGCUGUCGCCGAGCAGCUCUGAGCAGCUGCAGCUCUCUCAGAAUAUGGCAGAGGGGCUCCUGGAUGACGACAGCCGAGCAUCUUGGGACAUUGAGUUCCUGCUGUCUGACUGGUGCAACCCUUCGCCUGACUUCAACCCCCCCCUGGAAAACAACGAUCAGCAACUCCCACAGCUUGCCCCGUACGCAGCGUACCAAGUGACGGGCGCGUGCAAGGACCCGCCUGGUCAGGAGUGUCUGCAGGUGAACGGCGGCGGCCUCGUGGUGGAGCUGCUGCCCCCCGCUCACGCCACAACGGUCCAGCCAGAGCUCUAUCACCGUGGUUACACCGACGAGCAAACAGGUCGGAGUCCAGUUCCCAGUCAACCUGGCGUAGAUCAGUUCGGCUUCCCGCAAGGCAGCAGAGGAAGCCACAAUAAGGUCGCAUCAUGGGACUUUAACCCCUAUUAUCCGCAGCAGCACCCCUCCAUGGUGGCCUUCCCUAACAGCAGGUUCAUCCCAACCCAAGCUGUGACCCCUGACCCUCGACACUACAACUACAUGCCCAACUUCGGUCACAACCCCAACCCUUUCUGUGACUACGCCCACAGCCAGGCGACCAGCCACCUGCCUCUUCACCAGCAGCCCCUGCUGGUCAGAUCGCAGCUGCCCCCCACGGGGACGGAGGGCAAGCGCGGCCGAAAGACCACGGGCAAAAAGCGGCCCGCCAUCCACAGCUGUGAAUACCCGGGCUGCAGCAAGAGCUACACCAAGAGCUCGCACCUCAAGGCUCACCUCCGCACCCACACAGGGGAAAAGCCUUACCAGUGUUCCUGGGAGGGAUGCAGCUGGAAGUUUGCCCGCUCGGAUGAGCUGACACGUCACUACCGCAAGCACACGGGCCAGAAACCCUACGAGUGUCUGCUGUGUCAGAGGGCCUUCUCCCGCUCCGACCACCUGGCUCUGCACAUGAAGAGACACACUUGAUGCGCACACGCACACGCGCGCGCGCACACACACACACACACACACACACACACACACACACACACACACACACACACACACACACACACACACACACACACACACACACACACACAGAGAAAACUGACAACACUGAAAAAUCUUCAACUCCUUGCUGCGGGAAGUUUGACAUUGUGUUUGUGUUUUACAAGCACAAAGACAAAUGUGAUUAAUGUAAUUUGACAGCCCUCAACUUACGUGACAAUUGAUAUCCACGGCCACAAACGUAAUUUGACAAUGACUGCAUGACCUUUAAAAGAGUAUUCAAUUUAGCAGAUGAAGAGAAGAAAAGAGAGAGAAGGAAAGAAAAGAAAAAGAAAAGAAAGAGAAGAAGAGAUGUAACAGGUUUUUUUUAAAGAAUAAGAACGACAUGACAUUGACAUUAUGACAUACCUAAGAGAGCUACAUUACCCACAGUGCUCCUUGACUGCCACCAGUUCAGUCUGGUAACCAGGUGUUUCUGUGCUGGUAGGAGAUGAUGUAGCCACCAGAGGGAGCUGAAGACUUUAUGCAAUUUAUUUUCAUUGUUGUACUCUCCCAUAGCAAGAAAUGUCUCAAAUCAGUACACUUGCCGGUUGCGUGAAGUCAGAUUUGUUACUCUGACGUCAUUAGAAACACGACUAUAGGACAUUGGGGACCUUCACUGGUGUAAUGACCUCCCUGUCCUUAAACGUCGACCGUCACAGAACACGCCACAUGUCCCCUCUCACCCUGAAAUGCCACCGAAAUCUAAUUGUACCGCAAACACCAAGACUUGAGUCCUCACUCAUCUGGUCCUCUAAAGACCAGCACAAGAAAACACACACACACACACAAACACACACACACACACACUCAUAAUGUAAACUUUAAGCGAUGAGGGCCACUCAAACAAACACUGUACACACACAGACAGCAGACUAAAACACUAACAAAAAAAGACAAGUGUAACAGGUUAUUAUAGUGUAUCCAGUAGGAACUCAUGACUCUUUGAGUGUACAGUCAAUGCAGGGUUGUGUAUUUUAGUCAUCUAGCCUUGUAGUUAUUCUGUUUGGGGAAUUUUAUCCUUAAAAAAACAAAUUGUGUGCUUUCGUCUUUCUCACCUAGCAGACUUUCAAAUCUGUAAAUAAUCAGCUUCUUUCUCAGCUGUCCGUUAUCAUCUAAAAGUUAGCAACAUAUUUAUUAACAUAAUCUUUUAAAUUAACAGGCGAUAUUAUAUUAUUAUUGUACAUUGUUUUUUUAUUCUCAAAAGAGUCCUUUUAAUUAUUGUUAUCAUCGUGAUAUUUCAAAUAAAGGCCUCCGAUGCUGUAAAGCUGC